AUGUCUCAAUCAUUAAACUCCUGUUUACAAGAAAUUACGGAAUCUCUAGGAUCCAUUUCAAACAGAAAUUUCAAACACCCUGGGAUAUUUCACAAUGCUGUUGUUGGUAGUAUGCUAUCCCAAGGUGGGAAGAAGGAAUUUGUGAAAUUGCUGAGGGAUGGUGAACCUAACGAAGAAUUAUCUUUAUUCCAAGUUGAUUCUCAAAAGAGAUCUAUAAUGAGAAGAGAUAAAAAAAGAGGUGUAUAUGAUUAUAUCGUUGAAAGAGAAGCGAAAAUUAAGAGAAAUAGAAGAAUGGGGAUCCCUGAUCCGAAGCCAAUAAUACAGAUACCGAAAGAUUUCUAUUUAAGUCAACAUGAAAAAGUUAUAAAUAGUAAUACCAAUAGAAAUGGUAGAAACUCCUUUAUUUUUCAGAAUACCACAGGCAAUCUGGGGUCAACAAAUAAUGCCUUUGGUGCAUUGCACAAUAAAUUCAAAAACGACAAGAUGACAGCAAAGUUACUAGAGGCAUUACAGAAUGGUAGUGUACUUGCAGAAGAAGAUGACUCGGAAAAUAUAAACCAUGCUGCAAUAAAAAGAAGAAAGACGAUGUUUGUGGAAGAUUUCCCAAUUGACCUUAUAAUUAAGGUGCUUGAUGAAAUCAACAAUAUGUGGUCAUUAUCAGAGUUUAAAGAAGAGUUUAACACUUUGAAACGAUCUGCAUCUGAGCUUUCAAUGAAGAUCAAGGAUGUGCAGGAUCAACUGGAAAUCCAAGAGGAUGAAAUAAGUAACAUGGAUUCAUACACUACCCCAUCUGCCAGCAUCUCCAAAUUAAUCGAAGUCAACCGCCAAGAAAUUGCAGAUUUGGAGAAGGAAAUUAAAGAUCUUGAAGAUACUAACAGCAAGCAAAAUUAA